UAUAACAUUGUAUUGCCCAGCUCGAUAUCAAGGAAUUAUCACUCGUUUAUCAGACAUCCUGACUCGUCAGAAAGAGAUGGAAAGCAAUAGCGGCUAGUAAUAAGUUCAUUUAGAGCAUGCCUACUUCCAUAGAUGAUUAAAUGUUUGAACAAGCGGUUACUCAUUGUACCUAUUAAGUAAUUUAUUCCGGUUAUAUAAUGUUGGGAUUACAAUUAAUUGUGCUUGUUUUUUGUGCAAUGGGAAUCGAGGCAGAGUACAUUUACCACCGCAAGGCUGGCGGGUCACUGAAGCAUCACAAGCGGCCCGCCACGUGGCAAGAGGCGAGGAUGCGCUGCCAUCUUGAAGGCACAGUUUUGGCGUCGCCGUUAAAUACGGGCCUGCGGGAAGUACUGGAAGAAACAAGUCGUAACGAUUAUAUAUUUGUCGGUUUCCAUGCCAUAUUCUCCAAGGGAGAUUUCUUCUCCAUCGAAGGACUACCUAUUGAAAAAUCAGCAUUGACGUUUCAACCAAAUAACUAUAAGAAUAAGGAGGACUGCGUUGCCAUGAACAGCUUCGGAGUAAUGGAUGUUCCUUGCGAUGAUCCCUUGCCUUACUUGUGCUUUAAGGAAGGUGUUCCUAAGACGGUCGAAAAUGGACCUUGCGGACCGAUUGAAAAUGGGUAUAAGUUGAAUAAUAAAACUGGCAACUGUUACAAGUUUCACACAACAGCGCGCACUUGGUCGCGCGCCUUCAUGACCUGUUCAGUGGAGCGGGCACAUUUGGUGGUCAUCAACAGUGACCUUGAGGCCCAGGUUCUGACGGAGCUGGUCGAGGAAUACCCGGAGGACAGCAUGAAGGACGCAUUAGUCCAAGAGUUCAUAUACGUAGGUGUUCAGGACUGGGGCGAGCGUGGGGAUUGGCAGACUAUACACGGGCAGUCUCUGGCCAAAGCAGGGUACUCGCGGUUCAUACACGGCAAGCCAAAUGGCUCGGGCGGCUGUCUGGCCAUGCGACACGAUGACGGACUACUCAACAACGUUGACUGUGGCUCUAUCCAUCCUUUCUUCUGUGAGAAAUUACCCUAUUAGUUACUUUGGAGUCUAGAUGGACAUUUUUUUGUUGUCGGUUUUGUCAGGUUUUGAUAAAAUUUGGGAACUUUGAAGAGCUUCUCGUUUUGGGUGAAAUAAAUAAGUUAUUACGAAGAUUUCAUACAAUUUCGUAACUUAGUGGAAUAUUUUGUUAGUCAUACCUAGUGAAAUUGCGCUUAUAUUUUUACAGAAUAGGAAACUCGACCUGUCCACUAAAUAUUA